CUAGCUGUUGAAGUGUCUAUCUGGACCGUCCAUCUGUUGUUUUAUUUUGAAGGUAAGGCCCGGAUGUGCUGCUGUUAAUCCCAUGGCGGUCACGUCCUAGCCAUUGACGUGUCUUAUCUGGACAGUCCAUCGGUUUUGUUGUGGUUCCGCUGCGGGUCUCUACCGGGUCACAGGGCUCUGCCGCCGGCAUGCGGGAACAUUUUCCGCCGGGAACAAGGCGCUGCUGACGGCCUGCUUGUCUAGCGUGCUGCGUUAAUCUGCUUUUGGACUGGAAGCAGCAAGAACCGGAUGAAGUGUAAAGUGUCAGCAGGUGCAUGUGUGGGGGAGGGGCGGUGACCUUUCCCACUUGUGUCCAGACUCCAGAUCUCCAUCAUCAUGGCCGACAAGACGGCACCACGCUGCCAGCUGCGGCUGGAGUGGGUGCACGGCUACCGGGGUCACCAGUGCCGCAAUAACCUCUUCUACACGGCCGGCAAGGAGCUGGUCUACUUUGUGGCCGGGGUGGGCGUGGUCUACAACGCCAGAGAACACGCCCAGAAGUUCUACCUGGGCCACGACGAUGACAUCAUCAGCCUGGCGCUCCAUCCCGACAAAGUCCAGGUGGCCACGGGUCAGGUGGGCAAGGAGCCCUACAUCUGCGUGUGGGACACCUACGCCAUGCAGACCGUCUCCAUCCUAAGAGACCUGCACACGCACGGCGUGGCCUGUCUGGCUUUUGACGCCGACGGACAGCGACUGGCCUCGGUGGGACUGGACGCCAAGAACACCUUGUGUGUGUGGGACUGGAGGGGCGGACGAGUCCUCGCCACGGCGACCGGCCACUCGGACAGAAUCUUUGAUGUGGCCUGGGAUCCACUUGUGUCCGGUCGAUUGGUCAGCUGUGGUGUCAAACACAUCAAGUUCUGGACUCUGUGUGGAAACGCUCUGACGCCCAAGAGGGGAAUCUUCGGGAAGGCUGGUGACCUUCAGACCAUCUUGUGUGUGGCCACCGCCAAGGAGCAGACCACCUACUCAGGCGCGCUCAAUGGCGACGUGUACGUGUGGCGCGGAAUCUCCCUGGUCAGGACCAUCCAGGCGGCACACGGAGCGGGAAUCUUCAGCAUGCACGCCUGUGAAGAAGGUUUCGCCACUGGAGGACGAGACGGUUGUGUGCGACUGUGGGACGUCGACUUCAAGCCCAUCACCAAAAUCGAUCUUCGAGAAGCCGAGCAGGGAUACAAAGGUCUGUCCAUCCGUAGCGUCUGCUGGAAGGCUGACCGCAUCUUGGCAGGCACACAGGACAGCGAGAUUUUCGAGGUCAUGGUCCGGGACCGGGACAAACCGGUUCUGCUGAUGCAAGGUCACAGCGAGGGGGAACUGUGGGCACUGGACCUUCAUCCCAAGCAGCCAGUCGCUGCGACUGGGAGCGAUGACCGCUCUGUCAGGCUCUGGAGUCUGCCGGACCGAACCCUGCUGGCUCGCUGUAACAUGGAAGAAUCGGUACGCAGCGUUUCCUUCAACAACGACGGAUCUCAGCUGGCUCUGGGAAUGAAGGAUGGCUCCUUCACGGUCCUGCGAGUCAGGGACAUGACGGAGGUGGUGCACAUUAAGGACAGGAAGGAGGUGAUACACGAGCUCAAGUUCUCGCCAGAUGGCUCCUUGUUGGCGGUGGGCUCCAAUGAUGGUGUGGUGGACGUCUACGCUGUCGCCCAACGCUUUAAAAAAGUGGGCGAGUGCGGCCACUCCACCUCCUUCAUCACACACCUGGACUGGUCCGUGGACUCCCGUUUCCUGCAGACUAACGACGGCGCCGGAGAGCGCCUCUUUUUCCGGAUGCCAGGUAAAGUGCUGUCCAAAGAAGAGGCCAAGGGUAUCCACUGGAUGACGUGGACGGGUGUUCUGGGGCCAGAGGUUAACAGCAUCUGGCCUAAAUACUCCAACGUCACCACCGUCAACUCUGUGGACGCCAACUACAGCAGCGCCGUGCUGGUGACGGGCGAUGACCUUGGCCUCGUAAAACUCUUCAGGUUCCCGUGUCUCAAGAAAGGUGCCAAGUUCAAGAAGUACAUCGGCCAUUCUGCACAUGUGACCAACGUGCGAUGGUCUAAGGACCUUCAGUGGGUCGUCAGCACCGGCGGGGCCGAUCACGCCGUCUUCCAGUGGCGCUUCCUGCCUGAGGGUGUCAUGAACGGUGUCCUGGAACCCCUCCUCCAAGAGGGUUACGCCGACUCCAACAGCGGCGACUCAGACUCGGAUGUGUCCGACGUGCCAGAGAUCGACUCGGACAUCGAGCAGGAAUCUCAGCACAACUACGAGCGUCAGGUGUACAAGGACGACCUCCCGCAGCUGAGGAGGAAGCUGAUUGGUUCUCUGAAGAGGCAGAAAGCGCCGGAGGAGGGGCUCCACCUGCAAUUUGUUCAUGGGUACCGUGGCUUCGACUGCCGUAACAACCUGUUCUACAGCCAGAGUGGGGAGGUGGUCUACCAUGUGGCUGCUGUGGCUGUGGUCUACAACCGCCUGCAACACAGUCAGAGGUUCUAUCAGGGCCACGACGACGACAUCCUCAGCCUCACCGUGCACCCGCUGAAAGACUACGCCGCCACAGGCCAGGUGGGCCGGGACCCGGCCGUCCACGUCUGGGACAUCCCCACUCUCAAAUGCCUGUCGCUGCUCAAAGGUCACCACAGCAAAGGAGUUAGUGCGCUGGACUUCACGGCCGACGGAAAGAGUCUGGUGUCUGUGGGAAUGGACGACUUUCACUCCAUCGUCAUCUGGGACUGGAAGAAAGGUGAACGACUGGCUAAGAGCAGGGGCCACAAGGACAAGAUCUUUGUGGUGAAGAGCAACCCCUUCAGGAUGGACAAGCUGGUGACCUUGGGGAUGAAACACAUCAAGUUCUGGCAGCACUCAGGAGGCGGUCUGACAUUCAAACGUGGAAUUUGCGGGAACCUGGGCAAGCAGGAGACCAUGAUGUCUGCAUGUUACGGUCGCUCCGAGGACUUUGUCUUCUCGGGCGCCACCAACGGUGACGUUUACAUCUGGAGAGAAACCACGCUUGUGAAGACGGUCAAGGCCCACGACGGUCCUGUGUUCGCCAUGUGCUCCCUGGAUAAGGGUUUCGUGACGGGCGGGAAGGACGGUGUGGUGGAACUCUGGGAUGACAUGUUCGAAAGAUGUCUGAAGACCUACGCUAUCAAGAGGGCGCUCCUGUCGCCGUCCUCCAAAGGACUGCUGCUGGAAGACAACCCGUCCAUCAGAGCCAUCACUCUGGGUCACGGCCAUAUCCUGGUGGGGACCAAGAACGGAGAAGUUCUGGAGAUCGACAAGAGCGGUCCGAUGACGCUGCUGGUCCAGGGCCACAUGGAGGGCGAGGUCUGGGGUUUAGCCGCUCACCCGCUACUUCCUGUCUGCGCCACCGUCGGCGACGACAAAACGCUGAGAAUGUGGGAACUUUCUGCCAACCACCGCAUGGUUGCCGUGCGCAAGCUCAAAAAAGGUGGACGCUGCUGCGCCUUUUCUCCGGACGGCAAAGCGCUGGCGGUGGGUCUGAAUGACGGCAGCUUCCUGGUGGUCAACGCCGACACCUUGGAGGACAUGGUGACAUUCCACCACCGGAGGGAGCUCGUCUCCGACAUCCGCUUCUCCCAAGACGCAGGGAAGUACCUGGCCGUGGCGUCCCAGGAUUCCUUCGUGGACAUUUACAACGUGCUGACCAGCAAGAGAGUCGGCAUCUGCAAAGGAAUCAGAAGCUUCGUCACGCACGUGGACUGGGACUCUCGAGGAAAACUUCUGCAGGUCAACACGGGAAGCAAGGAGCAACUGUUUUUUGAGGCUCCUCGAGGACGCAGACAGAGCAUCAGCGCUGUGGAGUUUGACAAGCUGGACUGGGCCAGCUGGACUUCGGUUCUGGGUCCCAGCUGUCAGGGAAUUUGGCCAACAUACGGUUUUGUGAAUGCCGCAUCACGCACCAAGGACGGUAAAGUGCUCGCCACCGGGGACGACUUCGGCUUCCUGAAACUCUUCAGUUUCCCCUGCAGGGGUCAGUUUGCCAGGUCCAAGAAGUACGUGGCCCACAGCGCCAACGUGACCAACGUGCGCUGGGCCAAUGACGACGCCACGCUGCUGUCUGUGGGCGGAGCCGACACAGCGCUGAUGAUCUGGACCAGAGAGGCGGGUCACAAGGAGAACAAGGCGGUGGACAGUGAAGAAUCUGACGAUGACGUGGAGGAAGACGGAGGCUACGACAGCGACGUGGCGCGGGAGAAGGCGGUGGACUACGUGACCAAGGUCUACUCUGCCAGCAUUAGAAAGAUGACGGGAACUAAACCUCACCUGCAGCACAAGGAACUUCCUGUCGACGAAAGACCUGUGGUGAGUCGAGCAACACCACUGCCUGAGAAACUUGCCAAGAGCAACGUGAUCAAGACAAAGAAAGCGGUAGAAGAACUGCAGCUGGAACACGUGUUUGGCUACCGAGGCUUCGACUGUCGCAACAACCUGCAUUACCUCAACGAGGGCGCCGACAUGGUCUUCCACACGGCGGCCGCCGUGGUGAUCCAGAACCUUUCUUCCGGAAGGCAAAGUUUUUACCUGGAGCACACGGACGACAUCCUGUGCCUGACCGUCAACCAGCACCCCAAGUACCACAACGUCAUCGCCACGGGACAGAUGGGUGACAUCACGGACCUGCCAGGCUUUGCACCCUGCAUCCACGUGUGGGACGCCACCACCAAGCAGACCCUGUCCAUCCUGCGCUGUUCCCACGCUAAAGGUGUGGGCUACGUCAACUUUAGCGCCACCGGCAAACUUCUGCUGUCUGUGGGGGUGGAGCCUGAACAUGUGAUCACGGUGUGGCGCUGGCAGGAAGGUACCAGGAUCACCAGCACAGGCGGCCACCCCGAGCGCAUCUUUGUGGUGGAGUUCAGACCUGACUCGGACACACACUUUGUGUCGGUGGGAAUCAAACACAUCAAGUUCUGGACUCUGGUGGGAGGCUCCCUUCUGUACAAGAAAGGUGUGGUGGGCUCGGUGGAGGACGGACGCACGCAGACCAUGUUGUCCGUGGCCUUUGGCGCUAACCAGCUGACCUUUAGUGGCGCCAUCAAUGGGGACGUGUACGUGUGGAGAGAACACUUCCUGGUCCGGGUGGUGGCCAAGGCACACGGUGGUCCGGUGUUCAGCAUGUACACCACGCUGCGGGACGGACUCAUCGUCACCGGUGGAAAGGAACGUCCGACCAAGGAAGGCGGUGCGGUCAAACUGUGGGACCAGGAGAUGAAGCGAUGUCGAGCCUUCCAGUUGGAGAGCGGCCAGCCGGUGGAGAACGUGCGAUCUGUCUGCAGGGCCAAGGGUAAGAUCUUGGUGGGAACCAAAGACGGAGAGAUCCUGGAGGUGGGAGAGAAGAACGCCGCCUCCAACACCAUGAUCAAUGGACACACCCAAGGAAGCAUCUGGGGUCUGUCUGCUCACCCUUUCAAAGACGUCUUCAUCUCCGCCAGCGAUGACGGGAGCGUCCGCAUCUGGGACCUGGCCGACAAGAAACUGCUGAACAAGGUGACGCUGGGACACCCUGCCAAGUGCGUGUCCUACAGUCCCAACGGGGACAUGGUGUCCAUCGGCAUGGACAACGGAGAGUUCAUCAUCCUGUCGGUCAACUCGCUCAGCGUGUGGAGCAAGAAGAGAGACCGCAGUGUGGCCAUCCAGGAUGUUCGUUUCAGUCCAGAUAGUCGCCUUCUUGCAGUGGGUUCUCUUGAAGGCGCUGUGGACUUCUAUGACCUGUCUCUGGGACCGUCUCUCAACCGCAUCGGUUCCUGCAAGGACAUCCCGGGCUCGGUCCUCCAGAUGGACUUCUCUGCCGACAGCAAACACAUUCAGGUGUCCAGCAGCACCUACACUCGACAGGUCCACCAGGUUCCUUCAGGGAAGAUUGUGGCUGAGCCCUCCACCAUUGACAGGAUCACCUGGGCCACCUGGACCAGCAUCAUGGCCGAGGAGGUUCUGGGAGUUUGGCCUCGGAACGCCGACAAGGCGGAUGUCAACUGUGCCUGCGUGUCGCACGCCGGCCUCAACCUGGUGACCGGAGACGACUUUGGCCUCAUCAAGCUCUUCGACUUCCCGUGCUCCGACAAAUUUGCCAAACACAAGCGCUACUUUGCUCACUCGGCUCACGUCACCAACGUCAGGUUCUCCUGCGACGACAAGUUCCUCAUCAGCGCCGGCGGGAGCGACUGCAGUCUGCUGGUGUGGAAAUGUCAAUGAAGUAUUUUACGUUAGCUUCCUUCCUGUCUUUUACGUUAGCUUGCUUCCUGUCUUUUACGUCAGCUUGCUUCCUGUCUUUUAUGUUAGCUUGCUUCCUGUCUUUUACGUUAGCUUCCUUGCUGUCUUUUACGUUAGCUUCCUUCCUGUCUUUUACGUUAGCUUCCUUCCUGUCUUUUACGUUAGCUUGCUUCCUGUCUUUUACGUUAGCUUGGUUCCUGUCUUUUACGUUAGCUUCCUUCCUGUCUUUUACGUUAGCUUGGUUCCUGCCUCGCCGCUCUGAGGUUACGCUUAUAGCAGCACAACAUCUACAUCUACAGAUGUGAUAAUAUGUAGAUGUGAUAACAUCUGUAUAAAGUAUUUUACGUUAGCAUGUUUCUGGACUGCGACCAAACCAGACCAUUGCUCCAAAGCAGGACUUUGUUGUUUACCCAAACUCAUCCACACCAAGGACUUCUACCUCAAAGUCAUAUUGAAGGGCCACAAUUCAUGGUAGAAAUACUUUUGGAUGGUUACCAUAGCAACAGUCUUUUUGACAAAUACUAUUAUUGUAUGAGAGAGGCUAGAAUAGAUGGCAUGUGUAUUUUGUCUCCUGCUUGCAUGUUAGCUAAUGAUCUUUUCUCCCAGUGUUGGUUAUUGUCAUAUUUAUUUACACCUUACCAGCCUAGUUUAGCACAAGCAGCGAGCUAAGUCCUCAGAUAGUACUGCAUUCUAAGUGGACUACAAGUCCUCAGAUAGUACUGCAUUCUAAGUGGACUACAAGUCCUCAGAUAGUACUGCAUUCUAAGUGGACUACAAGUCCUCAGAUAGUACUUGUUGCGUUUGACCAGAUGUUCCUCCAAGUGGGAUGUAAAACGCUGGUCAGUCCCAAGUUCCUGAGAUGACAUAUAAACUGAACUCAAAGGUACCACCAAGCACAGUAUAGGUAUUUUGUAAUUUAUUGUCAAAUAUUUGAGAAUAGAGACCAGCCUCGAACAACACAUACAAAUGCGUAGCCCAAGUUGAUCUGGCAUUCCAAAGGAAAAAGCAACUCUUUUCACACAAAGAGUUGCCCCCCCGCCCCCUCCUCUCAACACUGAUAAGAAGAGAGACUUGAGGGUUGUGUUCACAUUCCUGAUGGUUUACGACCCUGUCUAAACAGGCAAUCUGAAGACAAAGAGAAACUGGUAUACAGAGUAUGCAUGGAAAAAUAUGAGCUGAUUCAAACAUGAUUAUGAAUAAAGAAAUAACUCUUAAACAUAUGCAUUAUCCACAUACUGCAUUCUAAGUGGACUACAAGUCCUCAGAUAGUACUGCAUUCUAAGUGGACUACAAGUCCUCAGAUAGUACUUCAUUCUAAGUGGACUACAAGUCCUCAGAUAGUACUGCAUUCUAAGUGGACUACAAGUCCUCAGAUAGUACUGCAUUCUAAGUGGACUACAAGUCCUCAGAUAGUACUGUAUUGUAUUUGUCAUCACUGUGUUUCAACAAUGUUUACACAAAUAAUAAUAAAAGUACUUUUUACAAUAUGGUGAGAAAUAUAUAUUGUGUGUGUUCUAUAGUCAUUCAAAAAAUCUAAA